AAUCACAGGCUCUGUUGUUAGUGGGUCCCCAGCCGGAAGUCCUCGGUUAAUGUUCAGUCGGUGGAAACAUCGUUAACGUGUUUGAAUAAACCGGAGAAUCCGCUCGUUCCGGCUCCAGCUGCUGCUACAAACCGUUAACGGUCACCGGUGCUUCACGGAGCGGAAGCUAACCGGACAGCUAGCCGCUAACGUUAGCCGCGGCUCGGUGCCGGUCAGAGGUGAGCUCUGUUAGCAUUAGCAUUAGCAUUCUUCAGAGGUCUGAGCCAGUGACAGGUGACCACACCCGCUGCUGGUAGCACGUCCCGGGUCCUGCUGCCUGACCGAGGACACGAAGCUCCAUGUUAACAUCUGAGCCUUUAAUCUGUGCGUGUACCAGGACACACGCCCCAGAGACACCAGCAGGACCUGUAGUCCUCUCACCAGUCCGGCCCUCGGUUCGACCGAGCUGCUGGGAGAACGCGGCUGUGGACCCUGGUCUGCACGUCUCUGUGGGUCAGUUCUGCUGUAAACAGCUGGUUCUUGUAUGGGAGAGUGAUUGUCAAACAUGAGUGUGGAGCCAGACGCCCUGGCUGUGGUCAACCAGCUGAAAGACCUGGCUGCCGACCCCAUGAACCGCAGGGCCAUCGUCCAGGACCAGGGCUGCCUGCCGGGACUCAUCCUCUUCCUGGACAACCCAAACCCUCAGGUGGUCUACGCCGCCCUGCUGGCGAUUCGUUACCUGGCAGAAUGUCGAGCCAAUCGGGAGAAGCUGAAGGGGGAGUUGGGGAUGAUGCUGAGCCUCCAGAAUGUCGUACAGAAAUCGACCACUCCCGGAGAGACAAAGCUGUUGGCGUCUGAGAUCUACGAGCUCCUGCAGGCGACCUGCGACGCUGACUCGGAACCAGCCGAGGACGCUGUCAGCAGCCGCCGCAAAGCCCAGUUCUUCCUGGGCUCCAGCAACAAGAGAGCCAAGACGGUCAUCCUCCACAUCGACGGGCUGGACGACUGGAGUCGGAGGAGUCUGUGUGAGGAGGCUCUGCUGAAGAUCAGAGGAGUGAUCAGCUUCACCUUUCAGAUGGCCGUGAAGAGGUGCAUCGUCCGGAUCCGGUCGGACCUGAAGGCCGAGUCUCUGGCGUCUGCGAUCGCCUCCACUCAGGUGAUGAGUGCUCAGCAGGUGGUGAGAGGAGAAAAUGGAGACGAGGUGUUGAUUUCGUUUGCGGAAAACGGUUCGGUGGAGGUGGAGCAGAACCUGGACUUGCCCGACUACCUGCCAGAGGACGAGAGUCCCUCUCAGGAACCCGACAAGGCGGUGACCCGGGUGGGAUCCAACCAGGACGGGGCCAGCUGGCUCGGGGCCGCCACCAACUUCCUUUCCCGCUCUUUCUACUGGUGACCCCCCAUUAAACCUCCUGCCUCCUCUCGGAACCAAAACCUACCAGCUGCCAAAUCUCAGCGCUGUCAGUGUUACUGCGACCGGUGUCACAGUCGAGAGGAGACCAUCUCCAACAACCCCAUCGUGGUUUUGAAGUUCCUGCUGGAGAGCUGUGAAGAACUCUGUAAACUGGUCUUACUAACUAACUGCAGGCGUCCUGCAAGGAGCCGAACAGACCGCAACAAGUUAAAAUAUGGAGUCAUGAGCAGGUCGUUGCUGGCCUCUUACCUUUUUGUUAUUUAUUUGAGCAGAAACUUUCCUUCCUGCAGUUUGAGGUCAGCUGAUUCCUCACUUCCUGUCAUCCACAGACGUCCUGCUCCGGCUGCAGCUAACUGCUGUUUUCUCUCAUCUGUCCAUCAGUCUGGAGAAGAGUCCAGAAGUCACAUGAUCAGGAAACAGGAAGUCAAACUUAAGAAAGUUUGUGGAGCCAUGUUACUGAAGUUUUAUUUGACCUUCCUUCUUUUCAGUGACAUCAAACAGCCACAAGGUUUUGAACAUUUUGCACAUUUGAACCUGAGGUUGAUGUUUUUACGUAGAGUAGAAAUCUGUGUUUUUAACACUGGACCAUGUUACACAGGAUUCAUCCCCAUUCCCACCUGACGUUAUUCACCUGGGUAAUCGGAUUACAACCAGUCUGAUCACAUGACAGUUCAGGUGUAGAUCCACCUCAGUGAAGGCAGAUUGUGUUUGGACUCAUUGAGCCUCAUGUAAGAACCGUUCAUACAAACAGGUUUGUUGUUUAAUGGUGCGUUUGAGUGAUUUAGGAGAAGUUGCAUCAGUAACCAGUUUUCUUACAGGUAUGAACAGAAUUUGAGUUUUCCAGACUUGAGUCCGGACGCCCGACGGUUCGGGUCACAGUGUCUAGGUCGUGUACCUUUUUUUAAAAAAAAAAUUUAAAAAAAAAACUUUUUGUGUGAUCAGGGAAAACAUCUCGUUCAGACAGAAAACAGAGCGCCUGUCCGAUUUCUGUCGGCUCAGCAUUUGUAUGUGAGAUAUUUUAGCUUCAUUUCUGGAAAGUGGGUCAGGGUUUGUGGAGACAUGAUGUCGUCCAUCUUUAUGAAAGUCUACGAUUUACUCAAAUACACACAGGUGGCGUUCAUCGCGUUUAUCAUCACUCUUUUCUGAAGCUGAAACUGACGAGUCGUACAAACAAAUGUAAGAGGAACUUAAACGAAGAACACGAAAAUGUUCUUGCAUGAGGCUCAUGUGACACUGAACACAGGCAGCAAAGAUUUAACGUCAGGUGUGAACCUAGAACAAUACAAGCUUUAUAAGUGAUUCUCAGUCAUCCAGGUCAAGGUAUGUUCAGGACAUGUGAAUAUCACGAAGUUUAAAAAAUCCAGUUGAACAACAAGAUCACAAACUGAGAUUAAAGAGAGAUGAAGCUUCAGCAUUAAACACAAACUUUAAUCUUGUGUGAAUAAUUUCCUUCAAAGUCUACAGACUCUGUUUAGCUGGAACUGGACAGUGGAAGUGAAUCACAUGGUGAAAAUGAAAA